CUAGCGCGGCUGUCCCACCCACGAUAUGGGGGUGAAGCUUCCGUCAAGAGCAAAUUUGUGGAGGAAUUUCUGAAGUUUGCGACAAAAAUGCGCGCGUAAGACGACCCACGCACCACACCUUGGCGACCAGGAGCCAGCCUUUGCCCAAGGCCGAUGAGACCGGGGAUUUUUACGGCGUUUUUCGGCGGUUGACCUGCGAAGUUCCACGGCGCGGGUGAACACAGGUGAAAAGAAGACUGCAUGAUUAAGAUGCGGGAAUAUAAAGUGGUGGUGCUCGGCAGCGGAGGGGUGGGGAAGACUGCACUGACCGUCCAGUUUGUGACCGGUCAGUUCAUGGAAAAGUAUGACCCCACCAUCGAGGACUUCUAUAGGAAGGAGAUCGAGGUCGACGGAGCGCCGUCGGUCUUAGAAAUCUUAGACACGGCCGGGACGGAACAGUUCGCGUCCAUGAGAGACUUGUAUAUCAAGAACGGACAAGGAUUUUUAUUGGUGUACAGCCUUACUAACUACCAAACGUUUCAAGACAUCAAGCCAAUCAGAGAUCAGAUUAUAAGAGUGAAGGGGACGGAGAAAGUCCCGCUGGUAUUGGUCGGGAACAAGGUCGACCUGGAGAGCGAGAGAGAAGUGCCUACGUCGGAGGGAAAGGCCCUGGCGCAGAGUUGGGGCGUACCGUUCCUGGAGACGUCGGCGAAAAGUAAACACAACGUGGACGACGUGUUCGCGGAGGUAGUCCGAGAAAUGAACUUUGUGCAACUCCCAGACCAGAAGGAUGCCUGCUGUACAUGUGUUAUAGUCUAACCAAUACAGAUAUGUACAGAGAGACUCGGAGGACAGACAUCUUUCUACGCCUGUUUGUGUACAAGACAUUUGGAGGUGGCUGCUUCCCAUGAUGCAAUGCAGAAGAUUCCACCCAGAGCCCAACAUAGCAAACCUUCCUGCUAAAUCCGGCCACAUCCGGUCCGAGGCAGUUUGUACUUGUAUUAUACUAAAUGACAACAUUGUUGUCCCCGGUUUAUAGAAAAACAGGGGACAAAAUUUGUAUUGUGUACAGGAUUGACUGCAACACAGUCUUUCAAAUUUGCAGCCAUCUUGAACACCCCUCUGUACAGAGUUCAGUGGCCUAAUGUAAGGACACUCUUCA